GCUAAAUGCACGAAAUUCGCUCAUCAUAACCCAACCUAACCUAACCAAACUUAUAAAUACAAUACAAUAUUCAUACAAUGGGUACGCAAAAACCCGUAGAAUGGGUUAAUUCGUUAAUGACCCGUUUUGAAGAACAACUCCCAUGCAGAAGUGGCCCUCAAACAACACAUUCACGUAUUAAUGUAGAACAGAACAAAGAAAGCCUCAUAAACAUCAGUAAAUAUAGAUUUUCAUUAGUGAUUACUGGUUUAACGAAAAUUCUUCACAGUGUAAAUGAAAUGAGGCAACAUGCACAAUUUCAGCCAGAAUUUGAGAAAAAUUUUUAUGAAUCUCAAUUGAUUGUAUUAGAUACUUUAGAAAGGUGCUUAAGUGGGCAACCUAAAGAAACUUCUAGAUAUGAUGAAGCUAUGAAUGUUAAAUCUCUGCUUAGAGAACUAUGCCAGUUUAUUGAUGUGCCAAGUGAAAACCAUAUGAUAGUCCAAUUAAAGAAUCUUGCUUCCAAAGUUCUUUUUUCUCUGAGUUUAAACAAUUUCAAUGCUGUUUUUAGUCGCAUAUCUGCAAGACUGCAAGAACUAUCGAUUACCAAUGAAGAAAACCCUGAUUUCAUUGACAUAGAGCUUAUCCAGCAUAUCAAUUUAGAUGUGACUCGUUUAAUAAAACUUUUAAAUGAGGUUAAUCAGAAGUUUAAGAGUUUAAAGAAAAAUGUUUAUGUCGUUCUGAUGAAUUGUCUAGAAAAAGCAAUUUGGAAUUGGAUGGAUACGUACCCUAAAGAAUUCAUGGAACUUCAAAGAAAGACUAAUGAAGAAUUAGCUGAUUGCUGUGAUCGCUUAUUUGACCUGUUAGACAAUUUUGCUGAAAAUAAUAAUAAAAAGAGAAUGGCCACUUGGCCUUUACAAAUGAUGUUGCUUGUAUUAUGUGCCAAAAUUCUUGAAGAAAUUGUAAAUGCUGAUGCUGGUGCUCCAUUUUCUCCUAAACAUUACAGAAAACGCCAAUUUGUGGAUAGCGUUAAAAAAGCUUUAGUCCCCCAUUCUUCAAGCAAACAGUUAAGUGAAGCUGCAGCUGUAACAUCUGUCCGAUUGUGUAAAAUAUCAACUUAUAUAAAUAUUUUGGAUAGCAACAAUGUGGUGUUUUCCCUAGUGCAAAAUGUGAUCACUGAUUUAAAACUUUUGCUUUUUAAUCCCGGCAAACCUUUUUGUCGCAGUCAAGCUACAAUUAGUCAAGAUGUUGAUCUAAUGAUAGAUUGUUUUGUUUCGUGCUUUCGUAUUAAUCCACAUAAUAAUGAAGCCUUAAAAGUUUGUCUCAACUUAAACUCUCCUUCCACAUACCACUUUGUCCUGGUAUGUUCUUUAUAUCGAAUAAUUACUCAACCUAGGCUUCCCUGGUGGCCGCAAAUCGAUAUUGUGUACAGCAAAGCUCAUGAGCUGCGUAAUAUGUUUACUGAUACAUUGACUAAAGUGACUCAAGGAUGUAUCAGUCAUGCUCCUUUGCGCAUGAUUCAGAGCUUGACAUUGAAAGAAAAAGUUAGUACUCUGAAAUUUAAAGAGAAAGGAGAGGAAUCUCUAAGCUACAAAAAUCUUUUACUUUGGAUGGUUAGACUUAUUCAUGCUGAUCCAGUUCUUAUGUUAAAUAAUCAAGGGAAGGCAGGACAUGAAAUUCAGAGCAGCACUUUAGAGCUGAUAAAUGGUCUUGUUUCAUUGAUUCAUCAACCUUCUAUGCCAGACGUAGCACAAGAAGCGAUGGAGGCUUUGUUGGUCUUACAUGAUCCCACAAAUAUAGAGAUGUGGAAUCCAGAAUCUCCUAUAAAUACCUUUUGGGAUGUCAGCUCCCAGGUGCUGUUCUCAAUAUCUCAAAAACUUAUACAGCAUCAAAUUAUGAAUUAUACAGAAAUUCUAAAGUGGGUUAGAGAAAUUUUAAAAUGCCGCAAUGCUUUCCUUCAAAAGCAUAAAGAAUAUGCAAAUCUGGGAAGUCACAUUGCCAUAUGCAAACAGGCUCACAUUAAAUUAGAGGUUGUUUUCUUCAUGUAUUUAUGGAGUGUAGACAUUGAUGCAGUAUUAGUAUCAAUGUCAUGUUUUUCUCUCUUAUGUGAAGAAGCUGAUAUCAGAUGUGGGCAAGACGAUUUGACUGUAACCUAUAUGCUUCCUAAUUAUCAUGUUUAUCAAGAAUUAUCCGCUGCUAGCACAAUAUUAACUACUGGUAGAGCAGCCCUUCAAAAAAGAAUCAUGGGUUUAUUGAGAAAAAUUGAGCACUGUACUCAAGGGUGCUCUCAGGCAUGGGAAGAUACAUUCAUGAACUGGGAAGUAUCUACUAAGCUAUUAGUUAGUUAUCCCAAAACUAAACUUGAGGAUCCUCAGAUUUGUGAAGGUUUUCAUAGAACUAUUGGGAAACGACGUGCUUCUCAUCAAAGCACGGAGCAUGAACUAGAAGAUCAACUUAAUGAAUGGGCUAAUAUGACUGGCUUUUGUUGUGCUAUGGGAGGUGUUUGCUUGCUCAGAAAAUCACCAUCUCGGGCUGGCAGUUUAUCAAAUAUGCCAGGAUGCACUUCAUCUUUACCAAUGGAUGCAAGAAAAGGAAGUAUGUUGACUCCUGGACAAGAUUUGCAAUAUUGUCCUGUGACACAGUUUGUUGGACAGUUGUUACGUUUGUUAGUGUGCCACAAUGAAAAAUUUGGUACUCAAAUUCAAAAGCAUGUUAAGGAACUUGUUGCUCAUGAAAUGAGUCCCACAUUGUAUCCAAUUCUUUUUGAUCAAAUAAAAGCUAUUGUAGAAAAGUUUUUUGAUUUGCAGGGUCAAGUAAUUGUCACUGAACCUAAUACUCAAUUUAUUGAACAUAUUAUCUUCAUCUUAAAAAGUGUGUUAGAAAAUAAAGUUGAUCAUACUGCAGAACAUUUGGGAGUUAGUAGCAUAGAAGGCAUGAUGUUAGCUAUUGUAAGGUACGUCCGCCACUUAGAUACCACUGUACAUGCUAUUCAAAUUAAGACAAAGCUUUGCCAGCUGGUUGAAGCCAUGAUGGUUAGGCGAGAUGAUUUGGCAUUUCGUCAAGAAAUGAAGUUUCGCAAUAAACUCGUAGAAUACCUUACUGAUUGGGUGAUGGGCAACAGUCAUCAACUGGCUCCCCCUAAUUCUGGAGAUGUCACAACUUUAACAAGGGAUCUUGACCAAGCGUGCAUGCAAGCAGUAGCCGCACUUCUAAGGGGUUUACCACUACAGCCAGAAGAGAGUGAUCGAGGUGAUUUGAUGGAAGCUAAAUCACAGCUAUUCUUAAAAUAUUUCUCCUUAUUCAUGAAUUUACUAAACGAGUGUGGUGAUUCAACAGAAGAUAAAGAAGUUCGGCAUAGAGUUAAUGUAUCCAGACUUAGUGAGCUGAGAACAUGCACUAUUCAAGCCAUGUCAAAUCUUUUAAGUGCUAAUGUUGAUAGUGGACUCAUGCAUUCUAUUAGCUUAGGGUACCAUAAGGAUCUUCAAACCAGAGCAGCUUUCAUGGAAGUUCUCACCAAAAUUUUACAGCAAGGAACAGAAUUUGAUAUGCUUGCAGAAACUGUGUUAGCGGAUAGAUAUGAACAGUUAGUUCAGCUUGUUACGAUGAUUGGUGAUAAAGGAGAACUGCCUAUUGCAAUGGCUUUAGCUAGUGUUGUCAUGAAUCCUCAAAUGGAUGAAUUGGCUAGAGUAUUUGUAACUCUGUUUGAUGCUAAGCACUUGUUAGCCCCCCUACUGUGGAACAUGUUCUACAAAGAAGUAGAAGUAACAGAUUGUAUGCAAACAUUAUUUCGAGGAAAUAGUCUUGGUAGCAAAAUUAUGGCAUUCUGCUUUAAGAUAUAUGGUGCAAGUUAUUUGUUAAGUUUGCUUGAUCCAUUGUUAAGUCCACUUUUAGAUCUGGCUAACGUUAGCUACGAAGUUGAUCCAGCUAGACUUGAGGACGGUGAAGAUGUUGAAGAAAAUAGACGGAAUUUGCUAUCAAUCACUCAAAAAGUCUUCAAUGCGAUUGUUUCUUCUGCUGAUAGAUUUCCUCUUCAACUUCGAAGCAUGUGUCAUUGCUUGUACCAAGUUCUAAACAAAAGAUUUCCAAAUUUUCCCCACAAUAUUAGUGCUGUGGGUACUGUAAUAUUUCUACGUUUUAUUAAUCCAGCUGUGGUAUCACCCUUUGAGAUGGGAAUUGUAGACAAACAGCCAUCUGUACGAACUAAACGAGGACUAAUGUUAAUGUCCAAAAUUCUGCAAAAUAUUGCCAAUCAUGUUGAAUUUAUGAAAGAACAACAUAUGCUUUCUUUCAAUGACUUUCUCAGGGCAAAUUUUGAACAUGGGCGAAGGUGGGUAGUUCAAAUAACUUCUGACUUGGAAUCAAUGGAUCAGGCUAGUCAUAGUAUGUCAUUCAUUAGUGAUGCUAAUGUUCACGCUCUUCACAGACUUCUAUGGAAUCACCAAGAAAAGAUAGGGGACUAUCUUUCUAGCUCCAGGGAUCAUAAAGCUGUGGGGCGUCGACCAUUUGAUAAAAUGGCUACUUUAUUAGCCUAUUUAGGUCCACCAGAGAAUAAACCUGUUGAUUCUCAGAUAUUUACUUUUUCUAGAUGGAACAGCAUGGACAUGACAAGCACAAAGUUUGAGGAAAUCAUGUCAAAACACAAUAUGCAUGAAAAAGAUGAAUUUAAAUCUAUCAAGUCAUUAAAUAUUUUUUACCAAGCGGGAACUUCAAGGAGUGGCCACCCCGUCUUCUAUUUUAUUGCCAGAAGAUACAAAAUUGGUGAAACAAAUGGUGAUCUUCUUAUUUAUCACGUUAUUUUAACUUUGAAGCCUUUUUGCCAUAAGCCUUUUGAAUUAGUAGUGGAUUUCACUCAUACUAGCAGUGAAAAUAGGUUUAGAAGUGAGUUCCUUCAGAAAUGGUUUGUUGUUUUGCCUGAAAUUGCUUAUGAAAAAAUUCAAGCAGCUUAUGUUUACAAUUGCAAUUCUUGGGUUCGAGAAUACACAAAAUAUCACGAUCGAAUACUCGUUCCUUUAAAGAGUUGCCGAAAACUUAUAUUCUUGGACACUCCUCAAAGACUUAACGACUAUAUUGAAACCGAUCACCAGCGAUUACCUGGGGCAACUUUGUCUUUGGAUGAAGAUUUAAAAGUCUUUAAUAAUGCCCUGAAACUUUCUCAUAAAGAUACCAAAGUAGCUAUAAAAGUUGGUCCAACUGCUAUACAAGUAACUUCUGCUGAAAAGACGAAAGUAAUAGGUCAUUCUGUGCUACUGAAUGAUGUAUACUAUGCUUCAGAAAUUGAAGAGGUUUGUUUAGUUGAUGAUAAUCAGUUUACUCUUACAAUUGCUAAUGAGAGUGGACCUUUGUCUUUCAUUCAUAAUGAUUGUGAUAGUAUUGUUCAAGCUAUUAUUCAUAUCAGAACUCGCUGGGAGCUUUCUCAACCUGAUUCAGUAACUGUUCAUACGAAAAUUCGGCCAAAAGAUGUACCUGGAACACUUUUAAAUAUGGCUCUUUUAAAUCUCGGCAGCUCAGAUCCCAACUUAAGAACAACUGCAUAUAACUUACUCUGUGCCCUCACUGGAACUUUUGAUUUAAAAAUCGAUGGACAACUCUUAGAAACAUCUGGAUUAUGCAUUCCAUCAAAUAACACUAUUUUCAUCAAGCAAAUCAGUGAAAAGCUUGCUCAAAAUGCAUCCCAUUUAACUCUGGAAUUUCUUGAAGAAUGUAUUCAAGGAUUUAGAUCUUCAACGAUUGAACUAAAACAUUUGUGUUUGGAGUAUAUGACUCCAUGGCUUCCCAAUUUAACAAGAUUUUGCAAGCAUAAUGAUGAUAAUAAACGUCAGAGAGUUGCCAUGAUUUUAGACAAAUUAAUUACUCUUACUAUUGAAGAAGUAGAGAUGUAUCCUUCCAUACAAGCAAAGAUAUGGGGAAAUAUUGGUCAAGUAUCUGAUCUUCUUGAUACAGUGCUUGAUAGUUUCAUUAAGAGGAGUGUUACUGGUGGUUUAGGCUCAGCACAGUCCGAAAUAAUGGCCGACACUGCCGUAGCAUUAGCGUCAUCUAAUGUUCAACUAGUUGCAUUAAAAGUUAUUAGCCGAUUAUGUAGAGUUAUUGAAAAAACAUGUACUUCCCCAACUCCUACACUAGAGCAACACUUGAUGUGGGAUGAUAUAGCUAUCUUAGCUCGCUAUCUUUUGAUGCUAUCUUUUAAUAAUUCACUUGAUGUUGCAAGUCAUCUUCCUUAUUUAUUUCACAUAGUAACAUUAUUAGUUCAUUGUGGUCCUGUAUCUCUACGAGCAUCCAUUCAUGGUUUAGUAAUAAACAUAAUUCAUUCCUUAUGUACUUGUACCAAGCCCUCAUUUGGUGAAACCCAGCGAGUUCUAAGACUCAGUUUAGAUGAAUUUUCGUUGCCUAAGUUUUAUUUACUUUUUGGCAUCAGCAAAGUAAAAUCGGCUGCAGUCACAGCCUUCCGUUCUAAUUGCCGCCAUGUUGAUCGCUCAUUUGGAUGCUCUACUGCAGACAAUGAACCUAUGCCUCUAGCAUCUUUAGAGAUAAUUACUGAUGCCAUCCUUGAAAUAAUGGAGUGUUUUCAGGCAUGCAUGAAGAACAUAAAUAACUGUGACUGGUUACAACAAUGGACAUCUUUAGCUAAAAGCUUUGCUUUUCGAUAUAACCCAGCCCUGCAACCCCGAGCUUUGAUAGUAUUUGGUUGCAUUAGUAAGACUGUAAGAGAUUUAGAUUUGAAACAGUUACUUAGAAUUCUUGUUAGAGCCUUAGAAUCUUUUCAAGAUCUACAACUAAUUGAGGCAAUUAUAAUGUGCCUAACUAGACUGCAUCCUCUGUUGAGACCUGAAUCUCCAAUUCAUAGAGCACUUUUUUGGGUUUCAAUAUCAGUUUUGCAACUUGAUGAUAUGGCUCUAUAUGCAGCUGGCUUAGCUCUUUUGGAGCAAAAUUUACAUACAUUAGAUUCUCAAGGCUUAUUUGAAAGUAACACAUUAGAAUUCAUCAUGAUGUCCAGUAGGGAACCUUUAGAAUGGCAUUUUAAACAAUUAGAUCAUUCUGUUGGCUUAAGUUUCAAAACCAAUUUUCAUUUUGCUCUUGUCGGUCAUUUAAUCAAAGGAUUCCGUCAUCCAACACCAACUACUGUAUCUAGAACCACUAGAGUAUUAAAUACUAUACUGGGAAUAGUAGCUAAGCCUCAUAAGCGGGACAAGUUCCAAGUUACUCCUGAAAGUGUUGCCUAUCUUGCCGCACUGGUAUCUGUGUCAGAGGAAGUACGCAGCAGAUGUCAUUUAAAGCACCGAAUUACUAGAGUUAUUUCUGAGUCACCUAGCGCUGAAGCGUUUGCCACAGAAUUACACCCAACUGUAUUGACUCAAGUUUCUACUUCUCCAAGUAAUCCUAGUCCACCAACUCCUUCACCGUCUUCCAAUUCUGCACAGACUUCACCCCAUGGUCCUCCACCUGCCAACUGCAUUCAACAAACUCUUCCUGUUACACCAGUCAACAGAAGACAUAAAUCAUGGGACACGCUUGAUCAAAAUGCUUUAUUUCAAGCAAAACAGAACAAGCAGUCACCAGUGCAACAACCUCAGCCAAAGGAAAACAAGUUCUGGCGAAGCUUGGAUAUUGAUGCUCAGAUAUUGCGCCCUCGUUUCAAAACACAGCGAAGUAGUUCCAUGCCCACUCCCAAGGCUCAGAAGAGCGAAGAAGGAGGUAGAAUGACUCCAGAACUAGAUGACCAAGAUGAAGACUCCAGUGCCCACAAAGAAGGAGCAUCCAGAGUUUCUAAUGAAGAUAAUGUCCUUUUAGAUCCUGAAAUUCUAGUCGACUUUCCCACCCAAGCUUUAGUUCUCACAGUUUUGGCAACACUUGUAAGGAACACUACUGAUGAAAAUGAAAUGCAAGUCCUAUACGAAUACUUAGCAGAAGCAUCUGUUGUAUUUGCUCGAGUAUUUCCUGUGAUACACAGUCUUCUGGAUUCCAAAAUUACAAGUGUUUUGUCUUUGUGCCAUGAUCAGGUAAUUUUAUCCGCUGUUCAAAGCAUCAUUCAAAACAUGAUAUCAUGCGAAGAUAGCAGUCAACAACAGUUGCAUUAUUUGCAAACUUUUGGAUUUGGAGGUCUGUGGCGAUUUGCUGGACCAUUUACAAAGUCAAAUGCCUGUGCUGUUACUAUUUGUUCACAGACAAAUCUUGACAAUGCAGAACUAUUCACCAAUUGCUUAGAAGCAAUGGUAGAAACUUGUCUACCAAUUGAGGAUGGUGAAGUUCAUGACUUAACUCAGUACCCAAGUACAUUAAGUGUUUCAUCCACCAUGAAUUUGUCAUCGUCAAUGUCAAGCCUAACUUUAGGGUCACCUACGGAAAAAGAGCCGACAACUGAGUACUCCCCUCUAGUCAACGAGGGAUCCAAUCGAAUGAGGCAUGGAUCCACCAAUCAGCUAUCACGUCAGCGCAGCUUGAAGUGUAAAAACUCUAAGAAUGGGAAAAAUUCUCAUUAGAGAAUUUUUUUUUAAAAAAAACUAUUGCACGAAUAUUAUAAGGGCACAUUGAAAGCUGUUGUAUAUUUGUAGAGAAAUGUGUGGUAUUGUGUAACAAUUUUCUUUCCAUGUUCAUGAAAAAAAGAAAGCUUUUGAACAAUUUCUGUGUUUUAUGCUGUAAUAUUUGCAAAUCUUAUUAAUGUCACUUUCUUCCUAUUUGAUAAGGCCAUGUUUGCUUUUGAACUGUAAAUUUUGAGAGUAUUUUAUCGGAAACUAUUUUCUAUACAAAACAUACAAUUAGCCUGUCAAAAGAUUUUAUAAUAACUGUUUUAAUAGUAAGCGGAAAAUUUCAAUUGAAAGAAUUGAUAAAAAAUUAUAGAUGUAUAGUGAAUGAAUAAAACACUUUUUGUAUAACACACUAAUCCUCAAUUUACUAAUUUUACUGUACUUUUUUUAUUUAUAUAAGAAUAAAUAUUUAAUGAUCUCCACGAGUUAAUAUUUUAUUCGAAGACUGUAUUUAUUGGUUACUACAUUUUUAGCUGCUUGAUUAAAUCUAAUUUUAUGCAUCAGAAUUACACAAGAGAGAAUUUAUAUUAUGCAUCAAGUCUUUAGAAUGUUUCUUAAUCUAAGUAAAUAAUAUUUAAGAAGAAAAUAAUAAAUAUUUAGGUGGCCACUUAUUGCUAUAAGAGAAAACAUGCAACGCUCGAGAAAAUUCACAAUUAAACAUUUUUUAAAUAUAUUUCAUAAUUAUCGCAUACAAUUUUACUGUUAGUGUUUUAAUCUAUUAUUAUACAAUAAAACUUGUUUAUAUGAUCUUCAUAAUCAAACAUAAAUUAUUUUAAUGAUAUCAUUUAUUUUUGUUGUAAUCAAUGCUAUUUUAAUAAAUACUUUUAUUUUUAAUUUUAUUAAAAUUUGCAAAAAAGUUUUACUAUUAAUUCAUACCUAGAGCUUUCUGUACAAAUAAUAAUAAAUUUACUAUGUAGAGAUUAUUUUGUUUAGUAUCAUGAAAUUUUAAAGAGAAAAAUUAGCAAUUUUAAGAAAAUGUUUUGUAUAUGUUUCUCUUUAUUAUUUAUAAAUUAUGUGUAAAUGCAGGUAUAUGCAUCUAAAAUUUUAAAAAACUACUACUAAUACACUAAUUUAAACCAUGAAACUCUUAAAAUUUUACUUUAUAAAUCUCUAAAUUUUUAUACGUCUGGAGAGUGGCCACCUUAGAUUUUCUUAGAAAUUAAAGCAUAUUUAAAAAUAUUUUUAUAAAUUUUGCGGUUUAUUUUGUUUUGUUAAUGCCUUUUUUAAAUCAAUGCGUAAUAUGUCAUAUAUCAAUCUGUAAUUUAGAAAUAUAUCUUCAGUACAUUGUCCUCAUAAAAUUUUCUUUUUGCUAAAGAAAUAAAUAAACAUUACCUAUGCACACCUCGUAAAAAAGUUUUAAAUAACCUAUUUCUGAUUAUUUGUGAAGCUAAUUUGGCUUAAAGCAAUUAGGUUUAACUCUUUGAAACUAUGCAACUGUUGACAAUAAAUAUGCUGUUCAAAAUAUUUGAAGCUUGUAUGUGUUUGUGAUUUUAUUUUCAUCAGAUGUAAUCAUAUGAUCUAUUGAAAACGUAAUAAGUAUGUAUUCCUAAAACUAAUUAAACUUGAAGCAGUUUAAACAUGUUUGAAACUAUGCAACUGUUGACAUUGUUAUGCAAUCUAUAAUAUUUGAAAUAUAUGUAUAUUUUUGAUUUCAUGUUCCUUGGACCUAAUUACAUGAUCUAUUUUAGACAGAUAAUCAACAGGUAUUUCUAAAGCUAAUUAAACUUAAAGCUGUUUAAACAUAUUUUUAUAUUCCUCUGACCUAAUCAUAUGUAUUGGUGAUUUUAUAUUCAUUGAACCUAAUUAUAUGAUCUAUUGAAAACAUGUAAUAAAUAUAUAUUUCUAAAGCUAAAUAUAUUUAAAGCAGUUUAAACAUGUUUGAAACUAUGCAACUAAUAGUGUUAAAGACAAAAUAUUUAAAACAUUUGAAUAUAUAUGAUUUUAUGUUCCUCAGACCUAAUUAUAUGAUCUAUUAAAGACAUAUAAUAAACAUGUAUUUCUAAACCUAAUUAAACUUAAAGCAGUUUAAACAUAUUUGAAACUAUGCUAUUGAUUACAUUAAAUUAUGCAAUAUUUGAAGCAUUUAUUUAUUUACAAUUUUAUAUUCCUGUGACCUAAUCAUAUGAUCUGCUAAAGAUUUUUAGUAAACAUGUGUUUUUAAAGCUUAUUAAAUGUAAAGCUAUUUAAACAUGUUUGAAACUAUGCAACUAAUCUUAAAUUAUGUAAUACAAAGUAUUUUAAGCUUAAAUUUAUUUAUGAUUUUAUAUUCUUCUGAUUUAAUUGCAUGUUAUAUUAAAAACAUGUAAUAAACCAUGAACGGGCUUUAAUUCUUUUCCAAUGUCUACAUCAAAUAACUCUACAUGUCAUAUCUAUUGGAUUUUCCUACUUUAUUCAGAUCACUCAAAAUUUUUAAUCAAUACCACUGAAGAUCAUUUAAGUUAUUUUGUAUACAGGGAUGUCAGCAACUGUAGAUUUUUAAUCAUUUCUAUGGAUUUCUGUUCGGGCUGUGAAAAACUGAAGAAAUCCAAUUUCUCACCUUUUUUUUUUUUAAUUGGUCCCUUAUUUUCAUAAAAUUUUUUGUGAGUGACUUUCCGUUCAUUUUUUUCAAUAUAAAUACGAACCUUUUGUUUUUUUUGCAUCGACUUAAAUUUGUUAGGUAUAGUCAAACUUGUUUAUUGACUAGAAAGAGGGUACUUAAACAAUUCACUUGCUAAAUUAAAAUGCUUGUUAAACCAUAUAGACUGAAAUUAUCACCAAUACACUGAAAUGAACUGGAAAAUACUUAAGGGUUUGCUUUUUUUUAACAACACUGCACACAAUAUGUCAACUAUGACAACAGUUUGAGAUAUGCAACACUCAAAAAAAGAUUAUCACUAACUGCCUUGAGUAAAAAAGUAUUUUAUUGCCGUUAUCUAUUUUUUAUUGCAUUUAGGACUUGAGUUUUCGUCAAAGGUGUGUAUCAGUGAGAUGAAUUAGAAUUCCAAAGGAUCUUAGAAAGUGCUUAUGCAUGUUCAUUUUAAUCUGGAAUUUUUAAAAACCUAAAAACUUUUAAAAUUACUAAGAACUACUCAGGAAAAAUGAGUAAAUCCUUUUAAACAGUGAAAUUUUAUUUAUCAUCCGAUUUCUCUUUAAUUCCAGAUUGAUGAUAAUGAUAAAUUAUGUAUAAAUGAAAAUUGUUGAUAAAUUAAGAUUAAAUAUGUUAAAAUGAUAACCUUUAGUGCUGACAUGUGCAUAUAAUGGUCAUUCUUUUACUUCUAACAUUUUAAAAAUUGAACUUGGUUUAUUUUGAAAUUUUUAUGUGGCAUUACUUUUUUUAUAUUUUUUUAAAUGGUCUUAUAUAUUGAAUAUUUAACAAAAUAUUGAACUUUAACUGAACUAUAAAAACAUCUCACUUCCAAUUUUUGAACUAGAAGAGGUUGCAAAUGUUUUCCUAGAGAAAGAAAUGUUUGCAAACUGCAAAUAAAUUAUUUUUUGAACAUUUUCUUAAAAAAAAGUCCCUUGUUAAACCCAAGUUAUGCCCACAGCAACAGAUUUUUAACCUUAAAAAAUCAUUUAUUUGUUAAACGGAGUAUCUUUUUCAUCACUUGCGUUUGAAAGACGUAUCACACAUUCAAGAUGCAUCUUUCACAAAAUAGCCAACCACAGGCCAUACACACCAGUUAUAACAGAAAUAAGAAAAAGAUAUGGUUUGUAUCACAGAAAUCGGAGAGGUUUUUUAGAUUUCUAUAAGGGUAUCGAACACUUAAUUGCAAUCAGCUGUUUUGGUAAAUACCUUUUAGAAUUUCUUGCCAGCUCAUACAAUUAAAUGAAGGUCACAAUAAACAAGUUAAAUUUUAAUUAAACUUAAAGCAAUCUUUUUUAUAAACCCUGAUUAUAAAUAUUUGUAUAUUUAAACAUAUUUUACUAAUAGAAUACUAUAAGUUAAAAAUAACUCCAGUGCCAUGAAAAAAUAUCACUACAGGUUGACAUCUCUGUUUAUAAAUUAAUGUUCUCUUUCACUUUCCAAACUAUUUUUAAAUCAAUCACAAUGUAAUGCAUUCCAUGAUAAUGUUGAGUCUCUUAUGGCUAGUUUAUUGAGGGUCUUAUUAUAAGAUCACUUGAUCUUAUAAUAAGACCUGAAGGUUAUAAGAUCACUUGAGAUCUUAUGGCUAGUUUAUUGAAGGAAAAGAAAAUACCAUGAACAAAGAUGAUUCAUUCUAGCAUGUUUCAACCUAAGCCCCACAUUCAGUAUUACUUUCCCUCUUGCAUUUUAUCAAUUGUCUUUAGUUGUAAAUAAUAAAAUACUGAAAAUUUUAUUUAUAAAAUUUUAUGUGUUUAUAUACUAUCUUAGCAUCAUAAAAUCUCAUUAUUUUUGUGGAACAAAUGUUUCACUUUCAUUUUUAUAACACUCUUUGUGUAUAUUUUGAGUUGAUUUGUAUAAAGAACAUAAUAUUGUUAUAUUUUUUCCACAACAUUGUAUAUAAUAUUGUAAAUCAUAAAAGUUCAAAGUACGAACUAUUUUAUGUCAUUUUCCAUGCUUCCCUGUUUUACGUGUUUUAUCGAAUUCACAUUUAAUUCCGCACUUUAAAUUUAUUUUUUGUUUCUUAGAACUUAGUGCUAUUUUUAUUAACUAUGCUUUCUUUUUAAAAUACUUAUUUAACUUGUGAUAUAUAGUUAUUCAUGCAAUGAUUUGCAUGGCAUAAAGUGAGCAAAAGUUAUUCCAAAAAAAAAAAUGCAAGUGAAAAAUGCACUGUAUAAACAAAACUAAAAACUGUUGUCCGAUUACUGACUGUAUUAACUUGAUUUUAUACACAGGUGCAUAAAAUAUAUAUCUGAUUGAAUUGCUUUUAAAAAAAUUCGAUUGAAAUUAAGAAUUUCUUACUAGCAGCCCAUGAGAUUAGAGGUAGUAAAUAUGAUCACAUUUUUUACUGAUCUAAUCUUGUUUAGCUAGCAGAAAUUUUCUGAAUUUCAUGAAAGGUUUUUUUUACCCUCUCCUUUAAAAAUAUCAAUUUCAUUUAUAUUUAAAUCACCCAUAAUUUCAUUGUGCAUUUAUGUGUAAUGGAAAUAAGUAUUGCAGUUUAGUUAAUAGUUAUAAAUGUGUAAAUAAGAAAGCAUUUAUUAAUGUUUACAUAUUAUAAGUUUUAUCUGUAUAAUACAUGAAAAAUAAUUGCUUAUUAGGUAACUUUUCUUAGACAUUAAAGUUGCUUUUAUAUUAAUUUAGACUUUCAAAAUUUUAUGGAAACAAAUUAUAAUUGGUUAAUGAAUUAAUGUUCUGAAUUAACUGAGACUUUUAGGAAUCAUUCAUAAAAAUUCCUUUUUUAUCAUUUUUAGUAUACUUUAACAAUUUCUUAAAAACUAAUUAUCCUGUUUUCUAAAUUCCUUUAUAGUAAAGUAAUCAUUUUUAGUUUUAUCAUUUUUAAUAUAUUUUAAUUAUUAAAAUGUAAGUAAUUUAAAUUGCUUCUACAAAUUACUCAAAGCACUUUUACUUUCAACUGAAUCCUAGAAAAAAAAUUUUGCGAUGCACAAUUUUUGUUUAAAUAUGUCAAACUAGUUAUUAAAUUUAAACAUAAAUACAUUUCUAUUUGAUACCUCUUGUUAAAUUUUGAUCCUAUUCUAUAAAUUGUUAGCUAUAAACAUUAAUCAAAAUGUAAAAUUCUGAAACAUAGAUUUUUUAUUAAACCAAAUAAUUAGAAUAAAACAAACAAUUUUUUUCCUAAAAAUUACGAUCACUGUUGUCAUUUUUUUUAAGGAUCCAGUUAGUUUAAUAAAAAUAAUUGAGGCUUUUUAUAAUUGAGACAAAACCGAGACGAACAAUUUUUCUUUAGUAAAAGUAGAAAUUAGAUGAAGGUAAAAUUUUUAACCAAACUGCUGUAUUUUGUAAAAUAUUAUUUCUCAAGAAUGAUUUUUUAUUAAGUUUUUGAUUCAAACUUGUAAACACAGAUUAUCAUUCACAAAAAAACUAUGCAAUUUUUUUAAGUGCAUGAAAAAAGUAUUAAAUGUUAUAAAGAAUAUUAAAAUAAUAUGUACUAUUAAAUUACUUUACUGACAAUGUUUAAUGUUUGCAAUUUUAAAUUAUAGAAGUUGUUAAUUUAUUCUAAAAUAAAUUACUGUUGAAUGUUAUCAGAUAUUUUUAUUUGGAAAUGUACAUUGUUAAUGCAUAUGUAUAAAAUGUCUAACAUAACUUAAGCUUCACUUGUAAUUAAAUUUUUUUAUUAAUUAAUGAGCUUAAAAACAAUCUAAAAACAAGUUUGCACAAUAUUAUUUCAUGAUUUGUUUAGUAAAUCUUCGUGAUAUUUUUUCUCUGUAUGCUAUCAUAUCGAACUAAGUCUUUAGUAUCUGAUCUCACAUUGCUUGUCUAAUUUGUUACCCAAUUUAUCUAUGCAAAAUAUGUACUAUUAUAUGUUCCUAAUGUAUUAUUUCUAACUUAAUAGUCUGCAUAGUUGCUUUUCAUGUUUUUAGAUCCUUCUUAUGUUUAAUAAAGACGUAAUUUUUAAAUGAA